AUGGUCAUAGUAUCCAUUGACGAGAACUCAACCAAGCUUGAUGCUGCUGAGAUUCGCUCUCUCACCAGCAAGGCGGGCCUGUCGCUGCCCGAAAGCGCGGUUGAAGAUUGGCGUACUCUGCUUGGCUUGUUUGAAGAUUCAGCACAGCUCGUUUUCAAAGAGGACGACGGGCUUCCGACCCCUGACCCGGCCAGAUACAUCAGGACAGACGUCCACGUGCCAGAGGACAACAACAAAGGUGGAUGGGCCACGCGGUGUACCAUCAAGAGCACUACUCCUACGAGCGCCUUGCUGGCCGGACGCACGGUCGCGAUAAAGGACAAUAUUGCCGUUGGUGGCGUCCGAGUCACCAACGGGCUCCCGCCAGUCAAUGGAGAGUGGGUUCCUCCUUAUGAUGCGACUGUUGUGACCAGAAUCCUUGAUGCAGGAGGUAUAGUUACUGGCAAGGCCGCUUGCGAGAAUGCGUGCAUGGAACCUAUUUCCAACACUGCAUACACAGGCGCCGUCCACAACCCACAUGCGGAUGGCUAUACUUGUGGAGGAUCCAGUAGCGGAUCUGGCAGAUUAGUUGCCGUAGGCGCCGUGGACAUGGCUCUGGGAGCUGAUCAGGGAGGAUCAAUCCGAAUCCCAGCAGCACUCUGCGGGAUCGUCGGCCACAAACCGACAUGGGGUCUCGUUCCAUAUACCGGAAUCAUGGGCCUCCAAUCAGUCAUUGACCAUACCGGGCCCAUGGCAAGGACCGUACGAGACACGGCACUACUUCUCGAAGCAAUCGCCGGGCCCGACGGCAUAGAUGAUCGUCAACCAGCCAGCAUGGCCGCCGAGUCACUACGCUUCGUUGAAGGUCUCGACAAAUUCCUCGCCACGACCGCCGGUAGCAAUCAACUCCUCAAAGGCUUCAAGAUUGGCGUUCUCGAGGAAGGCUUCACAGGCAGACAGAUCAACGCCAACGUCGCGAAGGCAUGCCAUUCCGCCAUUGCCGAUCUGAAAGCCCUGGGCGCCGACGUGGUCGAAGUCUCCGUCCCAGACCACGAAAAGAUCUGCUUGAUCUGGUCGUGCGCGUUGGCUCUGCGCGGCGGUCGCGAAGGCCUCUUGGGCGACACCACAGGCCGCAAACAAUUCGAGAUGACCGACCGCGACGUCAAAGCCACUCCAGCCAUGGGCCCCGCUGGGGAGGCAUAUCUGUCUCAAGAAUUCUACGAUGCGCUCGGGUGCGGCGCCCAGAAUCUCUAUAUGCGCUAUUUGUACGUCAAUGAGAAGUACGGCGCCAGGCUGCACGCCAAGAGCACGAACUUGCUGAGGAAAGCGACGCAAGCCUACGACGCGGCCCUCGCCUCGGUGGACGUCUUGGUCUUGCCCACCGUGCCUAUUCCCGCGCCGGCGUUUCCUGACGUUGCUGCGGACAGGCCGCUCGAACGUCUGUCGUAUGGCCUGGGUAUGGUUGAUAAUACGGCGCAGUUCAAUUCGACCGGACAUCCGGCGCUGUCGGUGCCGGUGGGCUUUGUUCCUGCGGUGGAUAAUCCCGAUCUUAAGUUGCCUACUGGACUGCAAAUCGUGGGCAAACGCUUUGAGGAUCUCACGUGCUUCAAGGUCGCGGCAGCGUGGGAACAGAGUCACGAUUGGAAGAGUCUGAUUUUUGGAAAUUAG